CAUUCAGUUGUGCUUUCGAUUUCGUUCGGUUCGGUUCACAAAAAUAAAUCGUCCUGAAAACUGGUAGAUACAGAUUAGUAAAGUGUUUGAGCCUUGCUCUGCUCUCAUCUGCAACUUGAUCUGUGUAUUAUGAUUAAUCCUGUUAACUUUCACAUCACAUCGUGAAACUUGUGUUUCAUAUUUUGAUUAGACGAAUGACCGAAAUAGUGUGUUAGUGUUACGUUUUUUUGGUAGUGGCAUAGUAUCUUAGUGCCAGUGUUUUUAAAGCGCCAAAAAAACAACCCAGAGUUGCUAGCCCGCUGUGCAAACUUUAGUCCUUUUCCUACAGAUCGAGUCCAUUGUGAAUUUCCAUGAUGUCAUCAAACGGCGAUGAUCUACCGGAAGACGGAGCGUUUGCUUCCAGCAAGAAUAGUUGGAAUCGCUACUACCAUAAUAGCGUAGUACAGCCACUGCUUACGGAUCUCUACCAGAUAACCAUGGCGUACGCCUAUUGGAAGUCCGGGAAAGUGGAUGACCACGCCGUCUUCGAUCUGUUUUUUCGUACCAACCCUUUUCAGGGAGAGUUCACUAUUUUUGCCGGUUUAGAAGAGUGUCUCAAGUUUAUAGAGAACUUUCACUACUCGGAAACAGAUAUGGAAUAUCUCAAACAUGCACUACCACAGGGUAUUGAGGAGGAGUUUUUUGAAUACCUUAGCCAGCUAACAGCAAAAGACGUCACACUGUACGCCAUCGCGGAAGGUUCCGUCGCCUUCCCCAGGAUACCUCUCAUCAAAGUGGCAGGUCCACUGAUUAUCGUGCAAUUGUUGGAAACAACAUUGCUAACCUUGGUGAACUAUGCGAGCUUAAUGGCUACGAAUGCGGCACGGUACCGCAUGGUGGCUGGGCGGCACAUCAAUCUGCUCGAGUUUGGCCUUCGCCGGGCGCAAGGACCGGAUGGUGGCCUAUCGGCAUCGAAGUACUCCUACAUAGGUGGUUUCGAUGGUACGUCCAACGUGUUGGCAGGUAAACUUUUCAAUAUUCCAGUGAAGGGCACCCACGCCCACGCUUACAUAACAUCCUUCACCGGUACCCAGGAGCUGAAGACACGUGUGCUGGCACACAAGGAAACGGGCGACAAACGUGAUCUGCUGGAAUUGGCUAUCAAUCACCGGACACAGCUGGCCAAGAUUCUGGACACCUCGACGGACGAAUCGAGCGAAGGCGAACUGGCAGCGAUGGUUUCCUUCGCGAUCGCCUUCCCCGACGGUUUCAUGGCACUAGUCGACACGUACGAUGUUAAGAGCGAACGGAACGACACAAAAAGUACGCUUCUCGGAGAUUCCAGUUGCUUUCUAAAUUCGUCCAAUUGGGAUCUGUAUGGGUCAAUGACCGAUGAGCAAGACACGUACCGACGGACUGACGACACUCUGGACACCCUGGACGGCGACACUCCUCCGGAAGCGGAGACCGAGCAAAUCGAAACGAAAGAGGAAGAGCAGGAAGACGGUGCCCGAAUCGAUGCUAGUAAUUGUUAUUAUUGUUGUGAUAGCGUGACGCGUGUUAGCGAUUCCAUAGAGAAUGGAAAUCAUCAACAGGAUGAAGAACGAGUGAACAAUACCAAUCCUGAUUCCAAUGGUGGUGAAGAAAGUACGGUCGAUCCACCAGACAUUGAGUGUGGUCCCUCCGAUGAAGUUAUCAACGAUGGACAGAUCAACGGAAAUGGCGUGGCCAGCGAAUAUGAUGAAGAUGCUGGAGAGGACAAUAUGACGCUGCGACCACGGUGCGCCAGGUGUGAGGCGAACGCGCGUGAGUCGAAAAUCUGCGUAAUCGGUCAUCUUAAAGCUGUUGGGAAGUGUUUCAGGAGCGGCUUGUUGAACUUUUGUGCCGUAGCGCUUGCCCUCAAUGACCAGGGAUACCGGGCGGUAGGAAUCCGUAUCGAUUCUGGUGAUCUAGCAUACCUCAGUUGUUUGUCGCGUGAAACCUUCGAACGGAUAGCCGAAUGCUUCAAGCUGCCCUGGUUCAGCAAGCUAACUAUUGUGGCGUCCAACGACAUCAACGAGGAGACGAUUCUCAGCUUGAACGAACAGGGACAUAAGAUCGAUUGUUUCGGUAUCGGAACGCAUUUGGUAACUUGCCAGCGACAACCGGCACUAGGUUGCGUCUACAAAAUGGUGGAAAUCAACAACCAGCCUCGAAUCAAGCUGAGCCAGGAUGUGGCCAAGGUAACUAUGCCAGGCAGCAAGAACGUAUUUCGCCUGUACGGCGCUGAUGGACAUGCUCUCAUUGACCUGCUCCAACGGGUGGAUGAAAGUCCACCAGAGGUAGGCCAAAAAGUGCUUUGCCGUCAUCCGUUCGAGGAAUCCAAACGAGCCUACGUCAGUCCGGCUCGGGUAGAAACGCUGUAUCAGGUAUACUGGGGUGAUGGUCGGGUAACCCAGGCGAUGCCAUCGCUAGUUGAAGUGCGCGAAAGGGUGCAGAACUCAUUGCGAACGCUCCGGCAGGACCACAAGCGUACGUUGAAUCCGACGCCCUACAAGGUUGCUGUUAGUGAUAACCUGUACAAUUUUAUCCACGACCUGUGGUUACAGAAUGCGCCCAUCGGUGAAUUGGCAUGAUAAGUUCAAACCCCACAUCGUACUAAUUAUGUGGUUGGAUCAGUUUGUUUUGGAUCAACCGAUUUGUUAUGCAAGACCCUAAAAGUGUGUUGCGAUUUUAGGCUACGUACAUCUCUGUAAAUCGAUUGUGUGGAACAAAACAAAAGUAAAGUUUUUAAAUUUGUUGAAUGGUGUUAGUAACUUUGAACGAAAAUGUAGCGUAGUGAAAAGAUGUGUUCGAGGGACAAAAGUGUACCUAACAUUUGUAGGACAGAUACACACCCUAUGACAAUUUUGUGUGCAAUGUUUUAUCGUAAUAGAAAUGUGGUGGGAAUAUUAGCAUUUCUAUUUUUGUAAUCGAUUUCUACUAAAACGUUUCGGUUGAAUUUUUUUCUCGAUCAGCGUAAAAAAUCAAUUCAACUUUGAAAACGUUCCGUUAUUUCCGUAGUUUAAUCAAUAGUAACAAGACGGUGGUUUCAAAUGGAAGCUUAUUCUAGAAAAGAAUCUUUUUCGGACUUAGGUCAUUCCAAAGUAUACUGCAUACUGUUAUAGACGUUUUAUUAAACGUCGCACUAUAGGAAUGUAGUCGAUAUAUAGUACAACUGUUUUAAACUGUAGACUCGCGGUGGAACGCAUAGUUUUGUUAUCAUUGAGAAUACUAUUUAUCGAAUAUCUUAGUUUUUAGUACAAUUUAUUUAGAAGAUACAAACAUUUAUACAAAAAAACUCCUCCACCCAUAUUUAUUGAAUAAACAGUUAGCCAUUAUCACACGUAAAUGCCCGAACCAACGGUGACCGUUGAAGAUUUUAUUUUUCUAACUAAAAUUGCACCCAAUGUGUCGUGCCUUCAAACUCUACACGAAUUUUCAAGUAGAAUGUAGCCGUAGUAAAUUAAAUCAAGAUAACCAACAUUGUGCACCAACAUUUCCAAAGUUUUCAUAUGGUUUCUCGGAAAUAAGCUUUCAUUGAACACCAAAAUAAAAAAAACUUGAAUUGUUUAUUCUGCUGGACCCAGAAACCCAGUUUACCACAAUCGGUAACUAAAUAUUUGUGAAGCACGUCUUUACGUAGCUAGUAAAAAGCCAAUACUCUUGGCUACCACAGUGAUAUAAACAUAAUUGAUGUAUAGCAAGAAAAUAUACUAUGUAGUAUCGAGGCACACUUAUAUGAACCAGUAAAACACGCUAAAAAAUAAAAACUGUCGAGAUCAAAUUCAGAACAAACUGAUAGAAAUUUAGAAUACAUUUUAAAUCUUACAUCGUUGAAAUCAAUUUAAUAGCUGAAUGGGAAAUGUACGCAAGUACAUCUGCGCGGAAUACGA